AUGGCUUCGAGGCGUGUCGAAGAAGCAUCCACCAUCAAAGCUACGAAGUCAUGCUUCGAGCACUUCACGCAUUGUAUUCGUGAGCUCGAAGGAGCCCAGAACACGCACAUCAAAAAUCGCUGUGCCGACUUCAAGCUCUGGGCUGACAGUGUCGGAGCCGGUGCACAAGGACAGGCGUCGCUAGAUUGGAGAUUCCACGACCGACCAGACGAUAUAUUCUUGGUCCAAGGACUUCUAGGAAUGCUAGAAGAAUUUCUCAAAGAGUGCUCUGCUGUAUUAGAAGAUCAAAAAGAGGUUGAGAAGGUUCUUCACAAGAUUGAUUCAAUUAUGCAUGAUCUAAUAUCCAUGGGCGUCGCUAUUCGCCGAAGUGGUCGAAAAUCUCGACUCCACAAAGCCGAUAGCUCGUUUGAUCGUGAUCGGAAAAAGUAUUGCGAUCUACAAACACAUCUUGCUAUUGUGAUCGUAUCGAGACCGAGUGAAGGACCGAGAUCACUCUCUGAGUCCGAUAGCUUCGCUGAUAUAAAACUUUCGCCAAUACAGAACCGCUUGAUCGAGGCCAAUCUAAGACGUCGACACCGAUUCAUGGAAGCACAGAGACAUUCAAACUUGCUAAAAAGUCCAACUCUGGGAAUAUUCGAGAGCCCUUCUUUACAAGAAGUUAGUGAUAUCCUUGCCACUGUUGGCGCCGAUAGUUCUUUAGAGCAUGAAACCCAUCCAAACGAACCUGCGUUAAGGCAAUUGCUACCGGUCACAGCUGCCAGAGCAGAAACACUGACAAUGUCUGGGACUAUUGCAUCGGCACCAGAAACGGACUUCAAAGGGCUUCAGCACGACGGCCAUGCUGGCUCGACAGCUACCCGCAUCACAGCAAUCACGGCUGCUGCCAGGUAUCCGAAAGCGAAGACCUUGGGAACCCAACACUUUUCUUUCAAGUGUCCGUGCUGUUGUCAAGCUAUCCCAGCCAAAGAAGCAGAAGAAAAUCGAUUUAGAAAACAUCUUGCAAGUGACAUUUGCCCCUACACCUGCAUUUUCGACAACUGCCCUACGCCUUACGAACUCUUUGUUACCCAAAAGGAAUGGAAAGAACAUUUCAUGCAUGUCCACCCACCCAAAUUUCAAUGCUUCUAUUGCAGCAAAGCACCUUUAAGCUCGCUAGCAGAAAUAAUGAAUCACAUUGAGAUCGAUCAUCCUAGUAUAUCUGAUGAUGAGCUUGCUGAUGCCUUGGCCGAGUCACCUAUUCAUGUCAUGGGAAUCACACAAUGUCCACUCUGCGAUUCUGAAGGGUCUCCAGACUCUCCGGAUUUGAUUGAGCAUGUCCUUGAACACAUUCACGACUUUUCCUUACGGUCACUGCCUUGGCCUAAGGACCCGGUUCCGCAUCUCAAUAAGGCCGUUGGGACCUUCAACAUAGCCGUCCAGAACGUCGGUACGAUUAUUGAAUGGGCCGAAGAAUCUUCUCCUGAGAAUGAGUGCCAACUGCAACUCUGUGGUAUAGAUAUGAAAUCGUUAACAGAAGAGGAGGUUGCAUACAACGAAUCUCAAUUAGAUUACUUUGAUCAGAACGACUACUUCAUGGAGGAGUCAAGUGACGGUCGUUUGAGUUCCCUAUCUGGACAGUCCUACUUGUCUCGCUCUGAAAGCCAGCACUCUAGUAUUCGAGGUGACGAUCGCCAGAACGCCUCGCACGACAGUGCCGAAUACCUACAUGACGGCGCGACUAUCAGGUCAGCCGAGGACUUUGCGACCCGACUUUCGGUCAUUGAUACAGAGUCAGCGUCUAUUCAGGAUCAAGAACGCUUAUCACGGACUAGUGCAAGUCGAUUACCAGUUUUCGGAGAAAACGACAGCCGGACAGUUUUGAAGCCCGAGUACGUAAUCGGGCAAGUCUUUAGCAAUCCAAGGCCAAAGGAAUCAUUUGUUCGAUCUGGGUUAUCCAAGGCACUUAGAUUUAUACAACCACCACCACAACCACCGGUCGAUUCAAUGCCCUGGCUCGUACCGCCAUUUGACCGCCAUUUGACCCUUAUAUUAAAUAUAAUUCGUGGCGUGGAGAUAUACAUCCAAGAAACAACGAGGAGCAUGAUUCAAUUCAGGGAACUAGCAUCUUGUAUCGAAGGCUGCAUCGAUGUAGCACAGUCCAGCUACACCGAAAUGGAGGAAACCUGGUAUCAGCUUUGUGUACAAAUACGAGACAUCACGAAUCAUGAUAUCGAAGAAUUUGGGAAACGCAUCCGCAAAGAUGUAAUUAACCCUAUGCGCACCGUAUUUAACCUUUUGAAGGGUGCACAAAAAGUCAUGAAUGAACGAGAGAGGCGGCUAACUGAUUGGAUCCAAUUCAUGGAGAUAAAGCGACGCGGCGACCUACCUGACAAGAAGAUUACCGAGAAGGGAGAAAAGUUCAUAGUCCUGAAUAAUGCGCUGAUAGUCGGGCUUCCAAAACUUUUUCGCCUCGUGGAGGACUUAAUGCAAACUUGCUUGAAAAUAUUUGUGGCUAUUCAGCAGGAAUGGUAUCUAACAAUUCAUCGAAAGUUAUGUUCCCUCGUCGCUGACAUCCCGUGGGACUUUUCUGAAGUUGUGCGCAGUUGGUCAGCCAGGUUUGGCACUGUCAAUGCACAGAUUGAAUCCCUGAGGCUGUUCGAAAAUCUGUUCAAACAGAUUUAA